UGGAGUGCGUGUAUAAAAUGUGCUGCAGGUGCACGCAGCCCUGUUUUUACAGUUCAGACAGAAGUUGGUAUGAUAAGAAGCGGCGCAGGAGACGGUGCAACAGGCUGAGAACACUUGUUACUGAAGAUUCCGCACUCCAUCGUUAGAGGACCGCGAGAAAACCUCCGUCCCGCUGUUGAUACACCCACUCCCCGCUCCGCCCCCCACCCUACCCUGCCCCGCCCUGUGGACGCCCAGCAGAACUGGACCAUGUGGCUUCUGGAGAAGAUCCGCGGGUCGGUAGAGAGCAGCGUGCAUCGGCAGCCGGAGGCCGGGGACAAGCAGGGCCGGGCCCCCACCUACACCAACGUCCUCACCCCUGACAAGAUCCCCGACUUCUUCAUCCCCCCCAAGCUCAUGUGCUGCCCCCUCGAGGGGGAGACGCCUGAGCCGACGCCCAAAGUGGUGCUGCGCCCCUCCAGCUCAGAGCAGGCCAUUGGCAUCAAGAAGCCCCCCGGCAGCCCGCGCAGCCCGCGGCUCCUCAGCAAGCUGGCGGGGGACACGCGGAGCCUGCUGAAGGCGGCCAACCGCCACAUCAUCCAGAUCGAGAGCGCCGACGAGAUGGUGGCCUGCGAGGCGGGUGACCUGGACACCAACGCCGACCCGCAGUCGCAGACGGCCAUGUCGCUGCCCUACGUGCCCAAGGCGCAGACAUCCUACGGCUUCGCCACGCUCAUGGAGAGCCCCCACACGCGUCGCAAAGAGUCGCUCUUCCACAGCGAGCACACCAGCCCCAUCACCUCCCCCAACUCCCAACGCAAGAAGCCGGGCGAGGGCAACCACCUCACCCCGGCCGACUGCAACGCCUCGCACAUCAACCCCUACCGCUACUUCAGCGGCGGCGAGAGCGACACCUGCUCCUCCGCUGACUCCUCCCCCUUCAGCUCGCCGCUGCUCUCCCGCUCCGCCUCGCUGCUCAAGAUGUUCACCCAGGAGACGCAGGCCAAGGUGGUACGGGCCAAGCGCACGCUGGCCCGCCACAGCUCGCUGUCCACGGACGAGUGCAGCUCGGCCGACACCAGCCCCAACGUGCCUCGCCGCGUCCGCUGCCCCCUGUCGGCCGCCUUCACCCGCGGCGCCGCCGGGGACCAGGCGCGCGGGUCCGAGCGCAUGCAGCGGGAGCACACGGUCAACCUGCACAAGGGCGGCACGCUGCGGCUCUGCACGGAGUACGACGGCGACGCCGCCCGCCUGCGCAUCCGCGUGCUGGCCGCCGAGGACCUGUACGACAAGAUGUGCGACAUCAAGAGCAUCAACUGCUGCGUGGCGCUCUACCUGAACCCGGGCAAGCUGCAGAAGCAGAGGAGCACCAUUGUCAAGAACAGCCGCAACCCCGUCUUCAACGAGGACUUCUUCUUCGACGCGGUGCCCUCCUCGCAGGUGAAGAACCUGGCCGUCAAGAUGAAGGUGGUGAACAAGGGGACGAGUCUGAAGAGAGACGUUCUGCUGGGUGAGCGCGAAGUCCCCCUGAAGGACCUGCUCUCUGCCUCUUAGGUCCCUCUAGGGGUCUCAGACUCACUGAUGUUGACCUUUGACCUGUUCUAAACUCCCCCCUUUGGGGGAACUAGACUCACUGGUGUUCACCUUUGAACUGCCCUCUGCACCCUAGACCUUUCAG